AUGAGCAGCGAAUAUGGUCCAGCCAAAGACGACGGCAUAAUAGUCCAGCGCAUACCCCGUACAGGAGCUCUAAAUUCAGAUCCAGCUCGCAGCUCGCAGUGGCCGACGGCACGAACCGAGCGCCCGCUAUGCCGCAGCACGCAGGAGCAGGAGCAACAGCAGCAGCCAGCCAGCCCUGUGCAUGACUUGGGAUAG